AUGCAUGCACUCAAGAUCUUCCUGGCGAUCCUCUCUGCUACAGUUCCACUGCAGGCCAUACAAACACUUCUCCCGCCAUCGCAGAUGCAUCCCAUAGAGCCUGCAAACCUCGAUUGGCAUAUGAAAGUCUACACGCCACCACAUCAGUAUGAGGUUCAUCUCAAACCAGGAUACACCAUUGAACAGCACUUCGAAACGAUUGGCAAGGACCUGGGUUCACAAAUUCGACGACGCUGGGAAGAUCCCGAGGACUUUGAAUAUGCACAAUUUAUCAUCUAUCUGCCAGAUCAAGCGGACCUGAAUUUGAUCCGCCGGGACCCUCGAGUCACUUUUGUGGCCCAGGAUGCCGAGUACCAAGCUAUCAAUGACUUGAUGGAAGAAAGUGAAGCACCAAAAGUCGCAAAACAUGAUGAAUUGUAA